AUGGAAUCCAAUAAUUCACCUCUCAACCAAGCAAAACUUGUGCAUCCAAACAAUAACCAUGAUCAUGAACAAAAUGCGACACUCGAGAUCGAAAGCGACGAGUUUGAUUACUCGAAAAGAUCACAAUGGCUUCGCGCCGCGGUUCUAGGAGCUAACGAUGGAUUAGUUUCAACAGCGUCGUUGAUGAUGGGUGUAGGAGCGGUGAAACAAGACAUCAAGGCCAUGAUCUUGUCGGGUUUCGCGGGACUCGUAGCCGGUGCAUGUAGCAUGGCAAUAGGUGAGUUUGUAUCUGUUUAUUCUCAGCUUGACAUUGAAAUAGCUCAAUUAAAAAGAGACAAAAACAUUGAGAAUGGUAAUAGCAAUGUUGAGGAUGUUGUUAUUGAGAAAGAAAGUUUGCCAAAUCCUUUACAAGCUGCAGCAGCUUCAGCUUUGGCGUUUUCAGUUGGUGCAAUGGUGCCUCUUCUUGCAGCAUCUUUUAUUAAAGAUUAUAAGUUGAGAGUAGGUGUUGUUUUGGUAGCAGUUAGUUUUGCUUUGGUUGUGUUUGGUUUGUUGGGAGCAGUGUUGGGUAAGGCACCAGUUUUGAAGUCUUGUUUGAGGGUCUUGCUUGGAGGUUGGAUUGCCAUGGCUAUUACUUUUGGGCUAACUAAGUUGAUCGGCUCAAGUGGUCUUUAA